UGUUGGGCCACCGUAGUUACGUACAAAGUAGCAGGCGCGUACGCUGGUUUUGCCCAUGAAUGCUAAGCUAACAACCAGCAAUCGUUUUUUUUUUUUACUUUACGUGUGAGAAACUGUUUCAAUGGAGAGUGUAAAUGCUAAGUACGUGUCCCAGAAAAUCAGUAAAACCAGAUGGCGCCCUGUAUCGCAUUCGUCUUUGCAGCAACCAGAUAUCUUUGCGACUGGCUCGUGGGAUAACGAGGAUAACAAGAUUUCCUUUUGGUCCAUUGGGAAUCAUGGAAGUUCUGGCAUGGACGAGGGAUUUGAAGGAGACCCACAGCUUUUAUGUGAACACAAGCAUGAUGGAGAUGUUCUGGACCUUCAAUUUUUGGACCAAGACAGAAUUGUCACAACAUCGUCAACUGGAGCAGUCACCAUCUUCCGCCACCACCAAAACAGUCAGACAAUGUCAGUUUCUCAGCGCUGGCCAAGAGUGCAUCGUUACCCAAGUGACAACGCUCCCUGUACUGGUGUUGUGUGCAGCAGUCCUGAGAUUGUUACAGUUGGUGAAGAUGGCAAGAUUAUCGUCUUCAGAGCCGACCAGGAGGGAGUGAUUCGAGUCAUAGAGAAUGCGGACAGCAGCACGAUUCAUGCUGUGACUUACCUGAGGACAACAGAGAUUUUGACAGUGAACUCUAUCGGCCAACUCAAGCUGUGGGACUUAAGACAACAGAGCAACUCACCAUCCCAGAUUCUCUCCUUGUCAGGGGAUAGACUCCCUCUGCACUGUGUGGACAGACAUCCGAACCAACAGCACAUUGUUGCCACAGGAGGGCAGGACGGCAUGCUCUGUGUCUGGGAUGUGAGACAAGGCAGCACGCCCUUCUCACUCAUGGAGGCACACUCUGCUGAAAUGUGGGAAGUCCACUUCCACCCAACCAACCCAGAUCAUCUGUUCACAUGCUCAGAGGAUGGUUCACUGCUGCACUGGGAGACUUCCACACAUUCAGAUAUGCCCUCCUUCUUACAAGGUGGCAAGAACAACAGCAUGCUAUCUCGCAGUGCGAUGGCCCCAGCUGGAGGGAACCAGUCUCUCAUCAGCACCUGGCUCAGCGGAGACUCCAGUAAAGGCCGCCUAGAAACCACUCACAUGCUGCCCAGCCAGACGCUGUCUGUCAACAGCUUGGAUGUACUUGGACAAUGUCUUGUCUGUGGGACUGACGGAGAGGCCAUUUUUGUCAACCGACAGGUCCCAGUUUGAAAGGGUUGUUAGUGCACAGGUCAAGAUGUGGAUUAAGAUCGGUUUGUUUUCAUUUGAGCAUAUAGGGUGCCCCACAUACUGUGUUCGAAAGUAUGCUUCUGACAUUUUCUGUCCUAUAAUGUUGCAUACACACUAUAUUUGCGCAUUUCUGUAUGGAUUCAUCAAUGAAUCAAGGUUUUUGUAGAUCAUUCCAAGCUUAGUAUUUUGACAGUACUUUUGUAUGGAUGUCAUUUAAGACUGUUUUGAAAUAAACAAAUAAAUAAGCCUUUACAGAAA